AAGCAAGAAUGAUUGGUUGUUUAGAGGGGCCAACUCCAGAUGUGGAAGCAGCAGAAGAGCUACAGGAGGCGCUGAAGUUUGUGGAGGCUCUCGCUGCACGCGCUGCAGCAGCAAGGGAUUGCAGCAGCAGCAGCAGCAGCAGCGGCAACAGCAGCAGCAGCAGCAGCAACAAUCUGAAGCGUCUCAAGCCACUCCAUGAGCGCAUGCAGGUCUUCACCAGAUUGCUGCAGAUGGUCCAUGAGCAGCAGCUCAAGACCCGUGCCGCUAAGCAGCAGCAGCAGCAGCAGCAGCAGCUGGAAGCAGGAAGGCACACGGGAAGCAGCAGCAGCAGCAGCAACAGCAACAGCAGCAGUGGCUUCAGCUUUUACCAAGCAGCAGAUGGACAGCCAAUUUUCCUUCACCCUUUUUGCUACCAGUAG